AGUGUCAGUGUCUCGAGCCUGACACUGGUGUACUUUUCGUUUCGUAGGGAGGAGUCAGACGUUAGUUUCUGUAUUAAAGUGACAUGUUUAUUGAAUUAACAGUAAUUAUUCAACAUGUAUCGCACAGUGUAUCCAUAAUGUAGUCUGUGCAUGCGGCUGACUUGAAGCUAUCGAUCGGUAACCAGACAAAUUUCGAUAAAAGAUCGAAGGAAACGGACGGAACAGGAAGGCGGAACAAGAUCACAGACUGAGUCGCAACAAAUACCAAAAGACAAUCCAUAACAACAAAUCUGCGCUUGUUGUUGACAAAAUUCUUGACUGCCUCCAUUUCAACAUUAAAUAAUUCACCAGAAGCACUCAAACAAAUUGCCCGCCGCCAACACAUGCAACCAUGUCCAUGGCCCUGAAACAAGUCUUCAACAAAGACAGGACAUUCCGGCCCAAGCGCAAGUUUGAGCCCGGGACGCAGCGCUUCGAGCUGCACAAGAAGGCCCAGGCAUCUCUGAACGCUGGGCUGGACCUGAAGCAGGCCGUGCAGCUGCCCCACGGCGAGGACCUCAACGACUGGGUGGCCGUUCACGUGGUCGACUUCUUCAACCGCAUCAACCUCAUCUACGGCACCAUCAGCGACUCCUGCACCGAUCAAACCUGCCCCGUCAUGUCCGGGGGGCCCAAGUACGAAUACCGCUGGCAGGACGAGCACAAAUACAAGAGGCCGACGGCGCUGUCAGCCCCCAAAUACAUGAGCCUGCUCAUGGACUGGAUCGAGGUACAAAUCAACAAUGAGAACAUCUUCCCCACCAAUGUCGGUACUCCCUUCCCUAAGACCUUCAUGCAGGUGGCUAAGAAGAUUUUGUCUCGUCUGUUCCGGGUGUUUGUCCACGUCUACAUCCACCACUUUGACCGCGUGAGCCAGAUGGGGGCCGAAGCUCACGUCAACACCUGCUACAAGCAUUACUACUACUUUGUCACUGAGUUCAACCUCACAGACCAGAAAGAGCUGGAGCCUCUGAAGGAGAUGACCGCUCGGAUGUGUCACUGAGGAGGCACAACUGACCUGUCGACACGCCGGACAAACGCAUCCGUCCAUUUAGAAGACUGCAGCGGAGAACUUAAAGAACAAACAAAUUCAGAAGAGUCUAUUUUUAUAUUUAAGUACUGUAAUCUAUUUUAGCCACAAAUUGUAGGUUUUAACCAAGAACCUUGUCUUAUGAGGCGUUCCUGCUCCUUUUUAAACAUUUUAUCAGAGCUCAGUAUUAAGACGUGUAUGUUUGUGUUGAUGUUUUUCUAUUUUAUUUGAAUCUCAAUCAUUCCAGGAUGCUUCUGUCUUUCCAUCUAAAAUGAUCUAAAAUUAGUACGAUUUCUUACUGUACAUUUAUAAAAUCAAUAUGUUGUUACAUUAAAAUAUUCUCUACUCUA